UGCACCUAGAAUCAUUUAAGUGCAGGGCACUUAAAUGAUACACAAAUAUAAACUGCAGUCUUCUCUUUUCCAUUUGGACAUUUGAUUAUUUUAUUUCUUUAUGACUUUGGUUCUCACAAUUUCAUGAUGAACAGCUUCUUCUUGUCUCUGUUAGUAGGUCUUCUUUUCAGUAAAGACUAUGUUAAACCCACAGAAAUAGAUGGGAAGAAGAAAUGGAAAGGUGAAGGUACCACACCUAACCUGGAGAGCAUUGUAAUUGGAAGAUGUUAUGAAUAUAUUAGAAUUGUGAAUCCAAGUGUUGGUGAGAAGAACUGUACAAAGAUAUGGGAAGCUUUCAAAAAGGCUUUCAUGAAUAAGGAUCCUUGCAACAUUUUACCAUCGGACUAUGAGUUAUUUAUUAACCUGUCUCUGCAUACAAUUCCACCUAACAAGUCUCUUUUCUGGGAAAAUAACCAUCUGCUGGUCACUAGCUAUUCUGAUAGAACUCGUCGCUACAUGCCUCUUUGUGAUACUUUAAUUGGUUCAUUUGGAGAUUUCCUGAACUGGUGUGGACAAGCAAACGAUACUGGAUUUAAUUAUGAUUCCUGCCCUACCAUAGAAGAGUGUGAAAAUAAUGCAGUAGAAACGUUCUGGAAGAUUGCAUCAAUCACUUAUGCAAAGCAGAGCUCGGGGGUAAUAUACGUUAUGCUGAAUGGUUCUGCGAUAGGGGGCGCCUAUCCAGUCAAAGGUUUUUUUGCAGACUAUGAAGUGCCUAACUUCCAAAAAGACAGAAUUUCACGAAUUGAAAUCUGGGUCAUGGAUGACAUUGGGGGACCUGACUUGGAUUCCUGUGGGAGAGGCAGUGUACAAAUAUUAGAAGAGAGACUCAAAACCAUGGGUUAUGACAUCACCUGCAUUGACAAUUACAAAUCUGUACUGCUGUUAAAGUGCCUGGAUUAUCUUAAUCACCCUGAUUGUUCCAUUGUUUCGUCUGCACCUUCAACACAAAAAGGACUUGUAUCUCCAGACAGAAAUGGCAGCUGGAGCAGGCUCAUUUACACUAUUUUUGUAGUAUUUGUUUUUGAGAUGUGCUUUAACACACAGAAUUAAUCUACGUAAUUCAAUCCUUCUGUUUGCCUCUAUUGUCUGUAAAUUUGGCAUUAUCCUGUCUCAAUGUAAUUCCUCCCUUAAUUCCUGGGAUUGCAAGAAUGCCUAUUAAAUCUCAUCAUAGGCCACCCACGGGUUUCACUAAGUCUCCUAGCUUGCUGCCCAGCAGUGCAUGCAUGUACUGUUUAGAUAAUGUCAUUCUGUACCAAAAAUCACACCUUUGUUUCUUUGUGUUUGUAACAACUUACAUCCAAUAAAGUGAAUUGUUUCAAAAA